CCGCCAACAGUCUCUCGGGAGGAAACUCAAGCCCAUAUCUGCACCUGCCAUCGCUAUGAGAGGAAAAGGACUGCCUUCUGAGUUUUUGCUUUUCCUUAUCUUUCUGAAAGAAGCGUCUGGAUUAAAGAUUCGGAACAAGCUUAUGGGUAAAUGCCUGCAGGUGCAAGAAGGAGCAACAGGAGGUCAGGCGUCACUUGGAGAGUGCAGCCCAGACUCGCCUGUCCAGGAAUGGCGCUGGCUCCCAAAGGUCCAGGCGCUCAGCAGCCUACACACCGGAGAAUGUCUGACUGCACCGAGGCAGGAGUACGAAGGCGUUGUUUUGCGGCCUUGCGUUUUCAAAGAUGGAGCUGGUGGCGAGGAUGUGGAAAGAGAGGCGCGAGGCCAGGCUUGGGCUUGCACAAAGAAAGGCCACAUAACCCUGCUAGAGAACAGGCUUCACUUGAGUGCUACAAAACAUUCCACUCUGGUUUUUCUGCAGAGGGAACAUAAACAGCAGGGCAGCAAGUGGCGAGCUCUCGAUAACCAAACGUUGUGCAACGGGAGAUAUGCUGAAGAAAACCCAAACCAGCCUUAUCAUCGUGUGGAGGGGAAAAAAACAAACAUUUCUGAAAGCCCUUUAUCAGGAAGACACAUGCAGGUGAAAACAUAUGAAGGUAUGUUGCACUCCAAAUGGACAGAAGCUUAUUCUGUAAAGGAUGUGACGAUUCCUUCCUCUUUAAUCACCAAAUCUCCUGCAGAUCCCACUAUGGUUUUUUUCACUAUGGAUUAUGGAAUGGGAUGGAAAAUCACCAUGUUGGUGCUGAGCUCCUUGGCUCUGGUCCUGGGAACUAUAAUUCUCAUCCUCAACGUGUACUCCAACAGGAGGAGAAAAGUGGUUUGUGCCUUGAAGUCGCACACUCCCACGCCAGAGGUGAGCAUUCCCGGAUCGCCGGCACCCAAUGAAAGAGCCGCCCUGACCGAGCACGCCAUGCACUUUCCACACUCCUCGCCAAGCUCGCCACGGGGGGAGAUCCUGAUUGAGUGGAAGGAUGGCACCGUCACGCCGUUAUACGAGGCCUGAACGCUUCCAGCAUCAAUGUAGAUUGACUCUGGUGCAGAGUCAGGUUUGUCAUUCGCUGGUUCUGUUUGAAUGGGAGUGUGUUGUGACGGGAUAAUUACCAAGGAGAAGGGGGCGGGUGGAGCUAUCUACUCCGAGUGUGUUGAUGGCAAAGGUGUUCUGUAGAUUGUUUUACAGCAGUACACAUGUAUGGCUCGCAUAGAAGAAUGUCUUCAAAGCUGAACUGCCUGAGGAAGGUGAAAAGCAUUGUGCACUUGUCAUACAUUUGAGCUCACACUAAAAUAUAGGCUGCGGAUAAAAACAUAGUUAGGAUGACUAACAGGAAAAUUGCAAAAAAAUAAUGAUUUAGGGUAGCAUAUGCCUACAUAUACAUUUUGGUAAUUUUAGUUUCUUGUAAAAAUCAUAUUCACGACGCUGACAUGUACUGUUUCUGUAAAAGAUGACAUCCUCUUUUAAGUAUCAAGGUAUAAUUAAAAUGAUCAAGUCUUCACCAGGCUCAAAACAUGUUUAAAUCUACAGAUUUGUAGAAAGGAAGGAAAGAAAAUGGAAAAUCUGUGUGCGCGCUACUCCAACUACACCCUUGCUAUCUCAUAGGGAAAGUCCCAGCCAACUUUUCCAAAUCAACUACAUUUUAUGAACUGAUCGUGGGCAAGUAUGAACAGCGGAGGAUUUGAUUUUUCUGGAGGAUAUUGAUGUGCUUUCCAGAUUGGAGAAGAGAACUGGAUGAUUUAAGAGAAGUAAUUGCUAAUUAAAGGGAUCGCUUCCAAGAUGGUUCAAGUUGAUUUAUAGAUGGGGAAACUUCCCAGAGAGUCAUGCAAUGGCCAUACAGAAAAGUCCACAGAAAGGUUUGGUUAAACUUUACAUGUCAGAGUUGGCAUGUUAAAGUUCACGACAGUGCAGUUACAAAAAAAUAAUGCAAAAAUGUAAACGCUUGUUUGAAAUGAUUUUUAGGAGAAAUUCUUUUUUUUUUUUUUUCCUAAAAAUGAAGCGCAGCACAACAUAGAUUUUGCAAAGAAGCCUCUGAAUUAAACCCGUUCUCCGUCCUUUAAACUAGAUAUGUUGAUCUGUACUGCAAAACAACGUCCUUAAGAAAAAAAAAUCGAAAGCAGCAAAUUAGCACAAACUUUUUAAGUGUCCAGUAAGGUGGUGGACGAUGACAUUUUUAAGUCAUUAUACUGCCACAAGAUCCUGGCGCCUUUCGCUCAUUGAGUCAUUCAUGAAUUACAUGAAUUAUACUGCACACGUGGAGUCUUGGAAGACUUUCUAGAUUCCUAGAGUCAAAUUUGAGGGAAUUUUUUUUUUCCUGACAACUAAAGCGUAAAUCUAUAAGAGUGGCUGAAAAAGAAAAUAAUUGAGGUCCAGUCAAAGUAAAAAAAAAUGCUGUGGUAGGGCCUUAGAGAUUGAUGCCUGCAAACCUUAAUAAGCUGAAGCAAUGUUAUACUGAAGAGUGAGCCAAAAUUCCUUCAAAACCACAGAAUUGACUAUUAAAUCCAAAUAGAAAAUGACUAUUUUGUUUAUCAAAUUUUGUGUGUUUUUAGUCUUUUACACUCAGAUUGUCUACUUUCUUCUUGUUUUACUGAUUAAAUAUUGACAGCACAGGUCCAAUGCAGUACAUUGAUUUGGGAUGGAUUUGCAAAUUCUUGGUAAGCACAAUUUUUUUUCUGCUCUGAUAUUUAAAAUCCAAUCCAUGAAAAAAAAGAGUUUUUUUUGUAUAUGCUUUGGUAGUUCAAAAUCAAAAACAAGUUCAUAACAAAAUUAUUUUUGUAAUAUUCAUGCUAAGUCAUCAAAGUGGUGUAAGAAGGAGACCGUCCUGCAUCUUAGCAGUAAUUGUCAGCAGAGGAAACAGUGACGUGAUCUGAGUAUUCCUGUUAGAUCUUUGGAUUUGUCAACACCAGCUGGCUCCUCAAAUCAUAGCCGACUGUGGAAACUUCACACUAAAAGCAACGCAGAUUCUGUUUUUCAUGCUCCAGGAGCUUGAUUUCCAAACGAAAUGCAAAUAUUACUUUGAUCUGAAAAUAAAACUUUGAACCACCAGUCCCAUUUCUACUCAGAGCAGGCGAGAUUGGUCCAACGUUGUCCCUGCAACAAGAGUUGUUCUGAAAUACUGAAGUCCAGACGUUGUGCAUCCUUUUGUACAGGCUUUGUUUCACAAUCCUCUGAAGGGUGCAGUUAUCCCAGUUACUUCUGCACGAUUUCUUUCAUGCCCCCCCCCCCCUAAACUCAACUUUCUGUUAAUAUUCAGUCAAGUUUAAUAGAGUAGAAUAUGUGGCUCUCUUUUCAGAUUGAAUGCACCUUUUGAAAACAACCUUUACCAAUGUACUAAGAACAUUUAUUUUCAGCCUCACAUUUCUGUAAUAAAAUUACUUAAUUAGUCUGAUGUAACAUUCUACUCUUAAACAUCUUGUUGUCAUUGGCUGUUAGCGAGAGAUCAUCAAAGCUAACAUAAAU